AUGGUGCGAGUAUUAAGUGAACAUUUGCGGUUAGUUGAGGAGGAGGAGGAAGAAGAGGAAGAGAUGUCUCUUGACAGCCAGGUAGUUCUAGCUAAGAUAGCAUGGGAAAAAGAGAGAUUAGAAAGACAAGAAAGGGAAAGGGAAAAGGAGAGACAAGAAAGGGAAAAGGAGAGACAAGAAAGGGAAAAGGAAAGACAAGAAAGGGAAAAGGAAAGACAAGAAAGGGAAAAGGAAAGAAAUUUUGAGUUGGAAAAGAUGAGAUUAGAGCAGGAACUUAAUAGAAGUGGUCCUAGUGGGUCAGAGUUUGGGUUUAGGUAUGGUGGUGGUAAAGUUCAGGAAUUUGAUAUGGCUCGGGAAAUUAAAUUAGUACCGAGAUUUCAAGAGCAGGACGUGGAUACCUAUUUUUUGUCAUUUAAGAAAAUUGCCAAACGACUUGCAUGGCCUGAACGUUAUUGGACCUUGUUGUUGCAUAGCGUGUUUACUGGAAAAGCUAGCGAAGUAUGUUCCACUCUUGAUGAGGAGCAGUAUUCCGAUUAUGAAUUUGUUAAAGCUGCAGUUCAGUCAGCCUAUGAAUUAGUGCCCGAAGGUUAUAGACAGAGAUUUAGGCAUUUGCAGCGUACCGGUGGGCAAACAUUUGUUGAGUUUGCUAGGGAGAAAGAGCUAGUUUUUGAUAAAUGGUAUAGGUCCCUCCAGGCAGAGAAAGAUUUUUGUAGUUUACAGGAGGUAGUGUUGUUGGAGGAGUUCAAAGAUAGCAUUCCCCUAGAUAUUAAAACCCACCUUGAUGAGCAUAAAGUGAAAAAUAUUAGAAAUGCAGCUGCUGUGGCCGAUGAUUAUGAAUUAACCCAUAAGAAGAGUGUAAAGUCCUAUUCCCCCAGAUGGAAUAAUAGGCGUUCCCGUGGUGCUAAUGGUGCAUUGGACGGUGAGGCUAGUGGCGAGAGUACUAAAAGUCAGUCUGUAACACCUAAAUCAGCUGAGAACAAGAGAGUAUGGGAAAAACCUCUUUGUUACUAUUGUAAGAAGCCAGGGCAUGUGAGGGCAGAGUGUUUCAAGUUGAAGAAUGAGAGGCAGUGGAGAAAGCCAGUAGCAUUUGCCAGGGUUAGAGACCCUGUUAGGAAAGUAGUAGGGAGUUCAGCCAUGCCUGGAAAAAGAUGUGGAAUUCUUGAUGUACCUGAAGAGUAUAAAAACUUCGUGUCAAAGGGUGAGGUAUCCCUUGGUAAGGUUAGUGAUAGUAAGCCUGUAGUUAUACUCAGAGACACUGGGGCAGCUCAGUCUUUAAUGUUGGCUGGUGUAUUAUCUUUAGAUAAUGUAAAUACAGAUGCCAGUGUGCUGGUUCAGGGUAUUGGAGGUGGUUAUGAGUCUGUUCCCUUGUAUAAUGUCGAGUUGAGGUCUGAUUUGGUCACUGGAGAUGUGACUGUUGGUGUGGUCAAGUCCUUGCCGAUAGAGGGCGUUACUUUUCUACUGGGUAAUGACCUGGCUGGGGGUAAGGUGAGUGUACUCCCCGUGGUUUCUUGUAAGCCUGUGGUUAAUGACAAGACUGAAGAGUUGCUUGAAUUAUAUCCUGGUAUAUUCCCUGCGUGUGUUGUUACUAGGUCACAAACUAGUAAGGAGAGACAGGAUGAGCUGGUGUCAGAGGUAGUGAAGGAAGACUCUGGUGUGUGGUUAGCGGAGACUUUCUUUGGUGAUUUGAAGGAUGGUAGUGAGAUUAAGACUGACUUCAGUCACUCUUCACUAGUAGAGCAGCAAGAAGCAGAUUGCACCUUGAAAGAGCUAAUGGCGAGUGCAUUGAGUGAGAAUGAGGCUGAAAAUCUUCCGAAGUGUUGUUAUAUGAAGGAUGGUGUUUUAAUGAGGAAGUGGCGACCUCCCAGUUCCCCAGCUGAUGAGGACUGGACGGUAGUUCACCAAAUAGUGGUGCCUCACUCUUAUCGGCAUGAGAUACUUAGAAUAGCUCAUUCUAUCCCUGUGGCUGGGCACUUGGGUAUAAGAAAGACUGACGCCAGAAUAAUGGCACAUUUUUACUGGCCCAAAUUACAUAGAGACGUGGUUGACUACUGCAAAACGUGUCAUACUUGUCAGGUUGUAGGAAAACCCCAGCCUGCUAUUAAGCCUGCCCCUUUGGUGCCUAUCCCAGCAUUUGGUGAGCCAUUCAGUAAGGUGUUGGUUGAUUGUGUUGGCCCAUUGCCUAGAACCAAGACAGGUUUUCGUUUUAUGUUAACAAUCAUGGAUAUGGCCACUAGGUAUCCUGAGGUAGUGCCUUUGAAAACUAUAACUGCUAAGGUAGUGGUGGAGGCAUUGGUGCAUUUUUUUAGAAGGUAUGGGCUUCCUAAAGAAAUUCAGUCUGACCAAGGGUCAAACUUUAUGUCUGGGCUAUUUCAGGAGGUUAUGCAUCAGCUGGGGGUGAGUCAGCUUAAAUCCUCUGCUUAUCAUCCUCAGUCUCAGGGAGCAUUAGAAAGGUACCAUCAAACUUUGAAGAACAUGCUCAGAUCAUACUGUACAGAGUGUCCGGAGGAUUGGGAUAAGGGAAUACCCCUUGUAUUGUUUGCUACUAGGGACACUCCCAGUGACUCUACAGGGUUUAGUCCAUUUGAACUUGUGUAUGGUCAUAAUGUCAGGGGUCCCCUGAAGCUUCUAAGAGAACAGUUUCUAGUUGCUGAGCCAGAGACCAAUAUGUUAGAUUAUAUAUGCAAGUUUCGAGAACGCCUUUUUAAAGCAGGCGAGACGGCUGCUGAACAUCUUAAGGUGUCCCAGAAUGUUAUGAAGAAGAAGUUUGAUAGAAAUGCAAAAGCACGCCAGUUUAGUCCAGGUGAAAAGGUCUUAGUAUUAUUACCGCUAGUGAGUGAGCCAUUAGCUGCUAAGUUUAGUGGGCCCUAUGAGAUUAAAAAGAAACUUAGUGAGGUCAAUUAUUUAAUCAGUACCCCUGAUCGCCGUAAACAUCAACGAGUUUGUCAUGUUAACAUGAUAAAGAAGUAUUUUGAUUGUAAGGGAGAACCCCCCAAGAUGACAGGUGUAGUUGGUUCUGGUAAUCAGACUUUUGAGUGCGAAGAUGAAAAUGAAGAUGAUCCUGAUCCUGGAGAGUUUGAUAUGUCACAACUGGAUCCACAAACUGCUGUAUUAUCCAAUUCUGAGACCUUAUCCAACUUGUCGUCUUUGUUGAGCUAUUUACCCGAGCCUCAAAGAGAAAGUUUUUGCGAGUUGAUUUUUGAAUUUCAACAUUUGUGUUCUGAUGAAUUGGGUCGUACCACUUUGGCUUGGCAUGAUGUGGAUGUCGGUGAGGCUAUCCCCAUUAAGCAGGCUCCAUACAGACUCAACCCUGAUAAGUUGGCAAAGGUAAAUGCUUUAACUGUUACUGACUCUUAUCCUCUUCCCAGAAUUGAAGAUUGCAUUGACAAAGUUGGGAAAGCAAAGUACAUCAGUAAGGUAGAUUUACUUAAAGGUUAUUGGCAGGUUCCUCUGACUAAUAAGGCCAAAGAAAUAUCAGCCUUUGUCACGCCUGACGGUUUGUUUCAUUGUAAAGUGCUUCCAUUUGGCAUGAAAAACGCUCCAGCAACCUUCCAGCGCCUAAUGGAUAGAGUAAUACAAGGUGUACCAAAUUGUGUUGUGUAUAUUGAUGAUGUGGUCAUCUAUAGUGAAAAUUGGGAAAGUCAUUUGCUCCAUCUCAGAAAAUUGUUCGAAAAGCUCACAUGGGCCAAUUUGGUUGUAAACUUGACCAAAAGUGAGUUUGCUAAAGCUAAGGUGACUUAUUUAGGUCAUGUCAUAGGUCAAGGUAAAGUGUUGCCACGACUGGCCAAGGUUAAAGCCAUUGUCAACUUUCCGGCUCCAAAAUCAAAACGAGAAAUCCUUAGAUUUUUGGGCAUGUCUGGUUUCUAUCGAAAGUUUGUGGCAAACUAUAGUGAGGUUGUGGCUCCACUUACCAAUUUGCUAAGUACGAAGGUGAAGUUUAUUUGGGCAGAUGAAUGUGAACAGGCAUUCGCAAAGAUUAAAGCUGUGUUAAUAAGAGCCCAUUUUGGCUGCUCCAAAUUUCAGCAAGUCUUUUAG